AUGGACACUUCAACAUCAAACGAUCAAUCAACAACAGUUGCAUCAUCAUUAAAAGAGGAUAAAGGAUUUACAACAUUUUAUAGAUCAUUAGAGACUGUACAAGAUUCAACAAUACGUUUCUUUGAUAGAAAGGGAUAUUAUUCAAUACAUGGUCAAGAUGCUAUAUAUGUUGCAUUGUUACACUUUAAAACAAAAAAGGCUUUAAAAUAUUGGGCAAAUGAUUUGGCACCAACUAAAAAGAAACAAAAGUUGGGCAACUCCUCCUCCUCCUCUUUAGAUUCAAUUGCAACUGCUGAAGAGGAUGAUGAAGAAUCAAAUAAUGGAUUGGCAUAUUUAACAGUUCGUGAUGGUAUAGAGUUUGAAGGUAUAGUUCAAAAGUUGUUUGAACAAAAACAAAAAGUAGAAGUAUGGGCACCAAAGGCAAGCAGAGUGGGUCAAUGGGAGAUUAUAAAGAAAGGAUCUCCUGGCAAUUUACAAAUGUUUGAGGAUAUACUCAACAUUAAAGAUCAAUCAUUGAUGGUUGCUCUACGUGUAUCUACAAUCGAAGGAAAUAGAGUUAUUGGUGCUGCUUUUGGUGAUUCAACUCUUAAAACUAUUGGUGUUUUACAAUUUAUUGAUAAUGAUCAUCUUUCAAAUCUUAGUUCAUUUUUAUUACAAAUGGGAAUUAAAGAAUGUUUAAUAUCUGUAGAUAAAAAGAAUAGUGUUGAUUGUAAAAAGGUUAUGGAUAAAUUACAAGAUUCAGAAGUACCAUUUACAGAGGUUCCAAAUUCAGAUUUUAAUACCAAAAACAUAGAACAAGAUUUAACAAGAUUAUUAGGUUCAAUUAAUAAUGUUUUAAAUGAAAUAGAAAAAGAACUUGCAAUGCAAUCAUUAAGUUGUUUAAUUAAACAUUUGGAUCUAUUAUCAAAUCAAAGUUAUUUUGGAAAAUUUAAAUUGGUUUCAUUCAACCUAGACAAUUUUAUGAGAUUAGAUGCAGCAACGUUCAAAGGUUUAAAUAUUAUUAGUAGCGACCCUACCAACAAACAAGGAAUGAGUAUAUUCAAUCUUUUAGACAAAUGCAAUACCCCAAUGGGCUCGAGAAAAUUAUCGCAAUGGGUCCGUCAACCACUCGUCGACCAAGAGGAAAUUGAAACAAGAUUAAAUUUUGUAGAGAUUUUUGUCAAUGCAUUGGAGCUUAGACAAGCCUUGCGAUCCAAUGAUUUAAAAAAGAUUGGCGAUUUGGAAAGACUAUCAAAAAAGUUGGUGGGAGGCAAGGCAACAUUGGAGGAUGUCGUCAAUCUAUAUGGUGUGGUUCAAAGACUUUCAGUUCUUCUCUCUUCACUCCGUUCCUAUGAAGAUCAAGGAUCAGAGAUGGUAGAGAGUACUUUUACUCAGCCACUCGAGCAAAUUAUUGCAGAGUUUCAACAAUUCUCUGCCAUGGUUGAAAAGACAGUCGAUCUUGAUCAAGCCUAUGAGACACACGAAUAUGUCAUCAGAUCAUCAUUUAGCGACGAAUUGUCUGAAAUUCACAACAAGAAACAAAAUUGCAUGAAAAAGAUUAACCAACUACGUGAAAAGAUUGCCGACGAUUUGGGCAUUGACGAAGCAAGAGUCAAGUUGCACCAAUCAGACAAGGAUGGCUAUCUGGUUCGUCUUAGCAGAAAAGAUGAAAAGCUCAUUAGAGGUAAUGCCAAGUAUAUCGUGUAUGGUACACAAAAGGAUGGCGUUCGAUUCAGUACAUCAGAUAUUCGUAAGCUCAACGAAGCCUACAUGUCAUCUUCAGUCCAAUACAAUGAAAAGCAACAAGGACUUGUACAAAGAGCAUUGGAGAUUACAACUAGUUUUGUACCCCUAAUUGACGAUCUCUGUUCUCUCAUUGCAACACUCGAUGUAUUUGCUAGUUUGGGACAUGUAUCUUCUAGUGCCCCUUCCCCCUAUGUUCGUCCAAUCGUUCAUCCAAUGGGAAAAGGAAACAUUACCAUUGUAGGAGGAAGACAUCCAUGUGUCGAGGUACAGGAUAAUGUAAACUUUAUUUCCAACGAUAUUGACUUGACCAGAGACAAAUCAACAUUUCAAAUUAUUACUGGUCCAAAUAUGGGUGGAAAGAGUACUUUUAUCAGACAGGUUGGAAUCAUUACAUUGAUGGCACAAAUUGGAUGUUUUGUACCAGCAGAGCAAGCAGAAAUUUCAAUUGUCGAUUGCAUAUUGACAAGAAUUGGAGCAGGUGACAGUCAGCUUCGUGGUGUCUCUACUUUUAUGGCAGAGAUGUUAGAGACUGCCUACAUACUAAAGACUGCAACAAAGAAUUCACUUAUCAUCAUUGAUGAACUGGGAAGAGGAACAAGCACAUACGAUGGUUUUGGUUUGGCAUGGGGCAUUGCAGAAUAUAUUUGUCAUCAAAUUGGAGCAUUUUGUCUCUUUGCCACCCAUUUCCAUGAACUCACAGUUCUCCAAGAAAUUCUACCACUCACUGUAAAGAACCUCCACGUUCAAGCCAAUGUAAAUGAUCACAGUGGCUUGACCCUAAUGUACAAGGUCAAAGAAGGUGCAUGUGACCAAUCAUUUGGUAUUCACGUCGCCAUUAUGGCCGGUUUUCCUGAUCAAGUCGUACAAGUUGCACGACUUAAAGCCAAAGAAUUGGAAUCGUUUGAAUCAAAUUCACUUGCUUCUCUCGAUUCUGUUUCCCAAUUUAUUCAAGAUUUUAAAUCUUUAGAUAUGCAACAACAAGAUCAAGAUAAAGUUUUUAAUCUUGUUAAUAAUCUUUUAUCAAAAUAUCAAUUAAAUUUAGAUUAA